AGCUCCAAGCAAGAUUACAAUCAGGCAAAUUCAAGUGGAAUGACAUACCCACAACUGAAACUGGUAAUUAGUCAACAACUUAUCCCAUAUUUUCCUUAUCUGAAAAAAUCUACUGUGUUUCUGAUCUAUUUUUUCAUCUACGCAACUUUAGCCUCUGUCAUGGAUAGCUCUCUCCCAAGAAUUGCAUUGACUAUGGUUUCUGGGAAGAAAAAGAUCUUGCUCCUGAAAAAAGACCGUGACAACCCUGUUGUAAGAUUUUAGUUUGUGCAGAACAAAAAACCUUGAUUUAUUUUCUAUUUAGUAUAGUGAUAGUUGUUGACAAUCAUUAGUUAUUUGCCAAUAUAUUUUUUAUGCGGCAUUUCAGAACUCUCCAUUCCAAGCGGAACAGCAGAUGAAAGCUAAUUUUUCUGGAAGCUCAUCGACUUCAAGACAGAAUCAGAAGAUAGAUGUUGGUGGGAGGUUAAUCAAGGGAAUACUUCAGAGAAGUGAGACGGCCUAGCCAGACUUCAUCUUUUGUACAGCCUGAGCAAAGAGUGGAAUCCACAAAACACGAGAGAAGAAAAAACAAAACACGAAAUUAACAUAUUCAGAUCUUCUCUCUUGCAUGUCUAACAUCUGGCGCCGACGAAACUCAACACCCACGGCAGACGAAGCUGAUGCAAGUAAACCUCUCAUCAAUCAUGCUUAAAAUCAAUCUACGCUUUUCAAUCUCACAAACUAAGAAACAAUUUUACCUACAUGAAUCGGGAAAUUAGUGCCCACAUUCCCGACAUAGAAAAAAAAAGGAGUUGAAAUCCUAACAGUUUUUUCAGUAUUAGACUAAACCACAGAUUCAAGGCUCAGUUAUUUUGAAACCCUAACAUUUUAAAUCUAAAUUUAUUAUCUUUUUCCAUGCACUAUUUGAUUUAUAUACAAACAACUACCUAAGUAAACACUAACAAGUUCCAUCACCCUCAACUUUGAACAUAUAAGAUAUAAAAAUAUCAACAUAUGACUUCAUCGUUCAUUCUUAUAUCAAACUCAUCAACUUAUGUAAUAUCCAAAGUCCCAUCAAUCACAUUAUAGACAAAAAACAAUAAAAUCCCGUAAACAAAACUAUACAAUACACCUAUAAUGUAGCCGACCCCGCGCUAUGCAACUAGUUUUCUUAAGUUUACUGUAACCAAGCAAAUAAACCCUACGAUGAAAAGCCAAUUGAGACGGCAGCUACGAUGAAAACGUCAUAGAAACCCUAGGUACCACAAAAUCAACCGUGCAAUGGAUUCUUCAGUGGAUGGUACUGUUGAUAUCAUCAGUUCGAUGCCACAAGAGAUCCUCCACCACAUUCUCUCGUUUAUUCCAACUCAGUUCGCGAUUAGAACUUCUGCCUUGUCCAGAGGAUGGAGGCAUAUAUGGUGCCACACACCUUUUCUCGACUUUGAUUGUUCCUACAUACAUGGACAUAGGCGACAGCUGACGGCUCGAGAUAUAAACCAAACCAUACGUUCCUACAGAUCACCUAAAGUCACGAGUUUUCAUCUUAGUAUGUCACGAAAUAUCCGUGAACACGAGAUUAAUAGCUGGAUCGAGUUUGUUCUCUCCCGCAAUGUGGAGAAGCUGUCUCUUGUCUUGGAUGGUCUUCCUAAUGAUCACGUUUUAGAAAAGAUCUUCUUUCUCAGUUCCUCCUUAACGCAGCUCUGCAUUCGGAAUUUUGAUAUGAUAGCAGUAGUGUCUUGGAAAUCCCUAAGGAAUCUGACAUUGGGUGAAUGUAAUCUCAAUGAUGAAUCUAUUCCUAAUAUUCUCUCUGGCUCUCCAGUUCUUGAAACCUUGGAAUUGGACUAUUGUAGAGGACCUCAGCGUCUUGAUCUGAGUAAAUCACGUAGUUUGAGGAGACUGGUGAUUUACUUGCGCAAAGAGCCAACCGAGAUUGUAGCGCCACACCUCCAUUAUUUGAGUUUGGAAAGCUUUAAUGACGGACCAUGUACUUUAGUGGAUGUUUCUUCGCUGGCCGAAGCUAGAAUUCACAUUGUCGUGGACAAUUACAGCCCUCCUUUGAAUCUUAAUUUUCUUCAAACCAUGGUGCUAAAAUUGCUUGCCAAAUUACAAAACGUUAAGAGGCUUACUUUUACCGGAACCGUUCUCCAGGUAUAUUUCCUUACCAUUCUUAUUGCACUCUCUAGUUAUAAUUGAGUAGAGCUAAAGCUUUCUAUAGCGUAGAGUCAGUGUUUGUUUGAUGUUUAAAUUAUUAAGGGGUUCACUGUUUAAAAACGUUUAAACCCAUAUGCGUAAGUUCUUGCAAUGUAGAGAUUUAUGUUUCAUUAGCUCAUCAUGACCCUUUUCAUCGUUUUCUUUUUUGCUAUCUAGAUUCUAUCUCUCGUCGAGCUCCGUGGUGUUCCUUUCCCAACAUUCAAGGUUGAAACUUUGACUGUUGAAACAAGGUUUACAAGAUCUGUUAUUCCUGGUUUAGCAAGGUUAUUACAAAAUUCACCUGAGCUAGAAAAGCUAAUAGCACACGCGACACGCUUG